GUACUUCCUGUUAAUUCGUUGACUGUCCGAAAUGGCAGCUGUAGACGUGGAGGAUGAAAGUAUUCUGGCAUCUAUCUUUAAAGAUAGUUUUCCAGACAAUUGGAGAGAAAAUCCAGACUUCGCAGCUUAUUUAGCAGAGCUCAGUUCGUAUGGCGUGGAGAAGUUAAAUCGAGAACCCGAGAGGUUGUCAGAAGAAAGAGCUCAGAUAUUGCAGCUGACCCGGGAGCUCGCUUUCUCCAACUACAAGACAUUCAUUCGCGGAGCUGACUGCACCGAGGAAAUAUAUCGAGACUUUGGGCGUGUUGAGAGCAGUGUAUCUAAGCUUCUUGACAAAUUGCCAAGUUUUGGGGAAAGAUGCAGGGGCUUUAUGAAGGAGGCCGAGGAAAUUGGGUCCAGUCGGCGCAUGAACAGCCUGACCCUGAACCGUCACACCGAGAUCUUGGAGAUCUUGGAGAUACCUCAGCUCAUGGACACCUGCGUCCGCAACGGCUACUACGAGGAGGCCCUGGAGCUCGCAGCAUAUGUGAAAAGGCUGGAGAAAAAGCACUCUUCAAUACCUGUUGUGCAGGGGAUUGUCCAUGAAGUACGUCAGUCUGCCCAGCUUAUGCUGAACCAGCUCCUGCAGCAACUGCGUAGCAAUUCUCAGCUGCCUGUCUGUCUACGAGUAAUUGGCUAUCUACGCAGGAUGGAUGUCUUCACGGAGGCUGAGCUGAGGGUGAAAUUUCUACAGGCUCGGGGGAGCUGGUUACACUCCAUGCUGGCAGCAAUUCCUGAUGACGACCCUUACUUCCACAUCACCAAAACGAUUGAGGCUUGCCGAGUACACCUGUUCGACAUAAUCACACAGUAUCGGGCCAUUUUCUCGGAUGAGGACCCCCUCCUUCCUCCAGGUGGUCAGACAAUCAAUGAGAGUGCCAUCUUCCACGGCUGGGUGGUGCAACAGGUUGCACAGUUUCUGGAGACCCUGGAAAGAGAUCUUCAGCGUGGGAUAGGGGGUCGCCUAGAUUCCCUUCUGGGACAAUGCAUGUACUUCGGCUUGUCCUUCAGUCGAGUCGGUGCUGACUUCCGUGGCCAGCUCGCACCAAUGUUCCAGCGGGUAGCCAUGGAUACUUUCUGCAAGGCGGUUCAGGAAGCAGUGGAGAAGUUCCAGGAAGACAUGAAUCUGUACACUCUCAUCUCACUUCCCUCUGUGCUGGGCAGUGCCACCCCCCCAGUGGCUCCCACCACACAGCCUGGCACCCUCCAGCCGCCCAUGGCCCUCCUGAAUUUUCCUCCUCUUGCUUGCUUCCUCAAUUACAUUUUGACAGCCUUUAAUGACCUUCGACUCUGCUGCCCCAUUGGUCUAGCACAGGAUGUCACCAAGCAGCUAGAAAAUGCACUUCUGAAGGUGACCAAGCUCAUCUUGGUGUUCCACCGAGCAGAGGAGUCAGCUUUCAGCAGUAAAGAGAAGGAGCUGUUUGUCCAGUUCUGCUCUGCGUUUGCUGAGGACAUGGUGCCUUUUCUGAACCGCUGCCUACAAGUCCUCUUUCCCCCCUCUCAGCUGGCACUGAUACUAGGAAUUCCUCCAACACAAGUGCAUAAGUAUGGCAGUCUGGGUUGCAUUGAUGUGAAGGGCAUUCUGGAGCCUCUUGAAUUUGUCUUGCCUAAGAGAGAAGUGCCCAUCCCUGAAGUGGACCUGAGCGAUACCUUAAGCAGCCUGUCCACAGUGGAGUUGGAACCAAACCUUGAGGAGAAACUCUCUGAAUCUGGGAAAGUCUCUGAAGAAAGUAAACCACCCUCUGCGCCUACAGUAAACCCAGAGCCAUCUUCAGACUUGCCAAGUGGAGAUCAAACCAUUGACACUACAGACGAUCCUGACUUAAAGGACAUCGAUGAGGAGUUCUUAUCUGGCUGACUAACAAAUACAGUUUGAGUUCAUAUGGGUAGGGGGGUCACGUUACAUAAUCCAAAUGC